AUGAGUUACCUGAUUGGACGAAUGGAAGAAAUUUCUGUUUCUUCUGAUUUCUCUUCCGAAGAAGGAAAUUUGGGUUUGGGUGAAGACGGAGAAGCGGGGCAAGUGAGGAAUUUAGAAUGGGAAUUUCUGGUGGCGGUUAAUGAUCUCGAAAGGAGCCUUGAAUUUCACAAUGCUGUUAUACUUCAAGAUGACGGUGGGUUUGGUACUUUUGAUUUUGUUGGAAGCCAAGAGAGGUUAAAGGGUAGUCCACCAGCAGCUAAAUCUGUACUGGAAAAUCUUCCUUUGGUGGUCGUGAGUGAUGAAGAUUUGAAAGGAAGCAAUGCAGCUUGUGCAGUUUGCAAAGAUGAGAUUUUGUCAACGGAGAAAGUGACUAGGUUGCCUUGUUCUCACUAUUACCAUUGUGAUUGUAUUUUGCCAUGGCUAAAUAUCCGUAAUACAUGUCCUGUUUGUCGCCACGAGUUUCCCACGGAUGAUGCUGAUUAUGAGAGGGAAAAUGGAAGGAGUGCUGGUCCAGGACAUGUUAAUGAUUUUCAGAUUUCCUGGACAUAG